AUGCCUUUGCCUUUAUUCGGCAAAUCGCAUAAAUCACCACCGGAUAUCGUAAAAAAUCUCAAAGAAUCUUUGGCUAUAAUCGAGAAAGGUGAUAAGAAAAGUGAUAAAGCUGCAGAAGAGGUGAAUAGGUGGUUGCAAUCAGUUAAAGGUAUUAUAUACGGACAAGAAGGUCAAGAACCUCAUACUGAGCAGGUUGCUCAGUUGGCUCAAGAAACCUAUAAUGCAAAUGUCUUACCAAUGCUGAUCAAAAAUCUUUCGAAAUUAGAUUUUGAAUCAAAGAAGGAUGUUGCACUAAUUUUCAAUAAUCUUUUACGUCGACAAAUUGGUACUCGAUCACCAACUGUUGAGUAUUUAUGUGCUCGACCAGAAAUACUCAUCGCUCUUGUUCAUGGGUAUGAGGUAUCCGAAAUAGCCGUUACUUGUGGAAGUAUGUUACGCGAGUGCGUUCGACAUGAGCAUCUUGCUAAAAUAAUUCUGCACAACCCAGUAUUUUAUAAUUUCUUCCAAUAUGUUGAGGUUUCAACAUUUGAUAUAGCAUCCGACGCUUUUUCAACCUUCAAAGAACUUGUUACCAAGCAUAAAACACUUUGCGCAGAAUUUUUGGAAACCAAUUAUGAUAAAUUUUUCCAGUCUUAUCAGAAUUUACUAAAUUCUGAAAAUUAUGUGACUCGAAGGCAAUCUUUAAAGUUAUUAGGCGAGCUUUUAUUGGAUCGUCAUAAUUUUAAUAUAAUGACUCGUUAUAUAAGCAGUCCGGACAAUUUGAAGCUCAUGAUGAAUAUGCUCAAAGAAAAAAGUCGCAGUAUACAGUUUGAAGCUUUUCAUGUAUUUAAGGUAUUCGUUGCGAAUCCAAACAAGCCAAAAGUCAUAGCAGAGAUUCUUUUGCGGAACAGAGAACGUUUGGUUGAAUUUCUCACAAAUUUCCAUACAGAUCGUACGGAAGAUGAGCAAUUCAAUGACGAAAAAGCAUAUUUAAUAAAACAAAUUCAAGAUAUGAAGUCGUCUUGA